AGAGAGAGAGAGAGAGAGAGAGAGAGAGAGAGAGAACACACAAGUCGAGGACGUCGAGGUACAGAAGGUGUAACUGCAAACAGAUCUUGGCAUUUAAUGACGCGCCACGUUGUGCGCGAAGCUUCAGUCCGAGGUCCGAGAUCGUGUCAUUGUGCGUGCUUUUUACAUUUUAUCCAAUACAUACACGGUGACGCAACGAUUUUUUAGAGGUAUGCGCUAAAUUUUCUCCGGUGUGUUACGCAUUAUCAACAGCAAAUAAAUGAGUACUGCCGAAAACGAGGCGAUGGAGGAGUACGAACCCUCCAUCAAGAACGUGAUCGAGCAACGUUCCUUGCGGUGGAUAUUUGUGGGCGGCAAAGGCGGAGUCGGAAAGACGACUUGCAGUUGUUCAUUGGCAGUACAGCUGUCCAAAGUUCGGGAGAGUGUACUUAUAAUUUCCACAGACCCAGCACACAAUAUCUCUGAUGCAUUUGAUCAGAAAUUUAGCAAAGUACCCACUAAAGUUAAAGGUUUUGACAAUUUAUUUGCAAUGGAGAUCGAUCCUAAUGUUGGCAUUACAGAAUUACCAGAGGAAUACUUUGAUAGUGAAGCAGUUUCAGGAGGAGAAGCAAUGAGAUUAAGUAAAAAUGUUAUGCAAGAAAUUGUUGGUGCAUUUCCUGGUAUAGAUGAAGCAAUGAGCUAUGCAGAAGUUAUGAAGCUUGUAAAAGGAAUGAAUUUUUCCGUUGUGGUAUUUGAUACUGCACCUACUGGGCAUACAUUGAGGCUACUAUCGUUUCCACAAGUGGUUGAAAAAGGAUUGGGAAAAUUGAUGCGUUUAAAAAUGAAGAUUAGCCCCUUUAUCACACAAAUAAGUUCAUUAUUGGGAUUAACAGAUUUCAAUGUAGAUACAUUCUCUAAUAAGAUGGAGGAGAUGCUUGCUGUCAUUCGACAAGUCAACGAACAGUUCAGAAAUCCCGAUCAGACGACAUUUAUAUGUGUCUGCAUAGCAGAAUUUUUGUCGCUUUAUGAGACAGAACGACUUGUACAAGAAUUAACAAAAUAUGGUAUUGAUACCCAUAACAUUAUCGUGAAUCAACUGUUAUUUUUGAAAGAGGGAGAUACUCCUUGUCGGUUGUGUCUUGCAAGGCAUAAAAUUCAAGAUAAAUAUCUAGAUCAGAUAUUGGAUCUUUAUGAAGAUUUUCACGUCACACAACUUCCAUUACUAGAAAGGGAAGUGCGUGGAGUUCAACAAGUCAAAGAAUUUUCGGAAAAUCUCGUUAAGCCAUAUAAACCUUAGCAUCGAUGUAAUAAAUGUUAAAUAACAAUAUAAUACUUUACAUCUAAUUCAAGGUUUUAUACAUUUGCAACCUGGUGCGUUGAAAAUUUGUAUAAAAAGAAGAGGUACACCUUUAAUAUACUACUUGAUUUUAAGAUAUUUGUUAUUGCACGUGUUAAUAAACUCAAUGUUCAUUCGCAUGCAUUAUAUACUUACAAUUUAAUUUGUAUCUAAUUUGUAUAAUACAAAUCAAUAUAAAUAUA